UAAAUUCUCAGCGUAAUGGUAGAUCCGCUUAAAAGAUCCAUUGGAGCCUUUGAAGAAAAAGCCUCUUCAGAGGCCAGAAAUGUACUGUGAAAAUGGCUAACGCAGCCAAAUUUCUUCGUCCAAUUACGCAAUCUCUCGCUGUGAUAACCUCUUCUUAUCCGCCAAUCUCUCAUUCUAGAAAAUUUUUUUAUGCUAAAUUCGAACCUUUGAAGACGGUAAUAAAGAACCUUGAACCUGCUCUUCGCAACCCUGCCUCGACAUUUCAGCGUAAACUGAUUACGCAAAGAAAGUAUUUCCGUUUUUCAGGGAGUAAACUAAGUAUUGGACAUAUAUUUGGUGUGUCAGUUGUGCUGGGAUCAAAAAGCGCUUGGCCUCAUGUUGCUUAUGCUAUGGAUGGUGAGCUGAACAUCGCUGUUAGUCAUGAUAUUUUGCUGGAUGAUCGCCAGUUGUUGGAUGCUUCAGAUGAGGAAGAAGAUCCAAAGGCCUUCUGGAUGUUUGCAAGGAAAUUGUGGCUACCUGUUUUUUUCUUUCUUACUGUGUUGACUAACUUGGAUCAUCCUACUGCACUAAUUGCACUCAAAAUUGUUCUAUUACUACUCAGCACAAAUCCCAGUCCUCUCUCAGUCUAUGCUUUUGUUGAUCAGUUAUGUCAUCAAUCUAUGCGCCAAGAGCCUCACUUAUACAAAGUAAAGUCAUUAUAUGCCAAAAGAGUUGAAGUCCAAGACUAUAAGCUUUUCUGCGUUGCUAGAGUCGAACUAAAAGAAGAAAAGCUCACUUUGGUUGGAAUUCUAGGUGGUUGGUGGCCUUUGCCGACACUAUUUGGUCGGGGGGCGUUUUCUGUGAUUAGAAAUGGAGCUUUGAAGCAUUGAUGAGAACACAACAAAAGAAGCUAAUUUAAAACUCUAGUUUAAUUUAGCUGCUUCUCCACAGAUGUGACCAUGCUUUGCUUCAUGGACCAGGGUAGUACCCUCCAACGAAAGCCAUGUCUUUUGUUUCUCUUGCCUUAUAUUUAUAUAUAUAUAGCACUUCUUGUAAUUUUCAUUUUAAAGAGAAUUAAUUAGUGGAAACAGUAAAUAUCUUCUAGGCAACUUCUGAUGAAAGAUUGCAAAAACAGUGUUACUCUGCACAUGAAUGGAAACAAUUAGGCUCCGUUUGGCCAAGAA